AUGCUCUGUAACGGAUUAUAUUUAGUGCUGGAGAAGGAUGCUCAGGCAGCUGCAGCAGCUGCCGCACCGCCUCCUCCCGAGGCCAAUGCGGCUGCUGGAGAGAAGGAGGAGGACCCUGAGAGGAAGAAAAAGAAGGAGGAGAAGGUGGGCUUUGUAGUGGUGGUGACAGCGCGGGAGAAGGAGCUGAAGAAGCAGAAGGCAGCAGAGAAGGCAGCCAAGGCCAAGGCAGCCGCUGCUGCUGCCGCUUCGGCUGAGCCUUCCAAGAAGGCAGAGGCGAAGGCCAAGAAAGCGGCUGCAGUGGCAGCAGGGGCAGGGGCAGGCGAGGAGGCCGAUGCAGUAAAUCCGCCCACGGAGCCCGGGCAGAAGAAGAACCUCGCCAAGGAGAUGGCCAAGGCGUACAAUCCCAAGGCUGUUGAAGCAUCGUGGUACGAGUGGUGGGAGCAGGCAGGGUUCUUCAAGGGAGACAAUCAGAGCACCAAGCCACCCUUUGUCAUUGUGGUGCCCCCUCCCAAUGUGACGGGGGCGCUGCACAUCGGGCACGGGCUGACAGCAGCAGUGGAGGACACAAUCGUGCGGUGGAAGAGAAUGAGUGGCUACAACGUGUGCUGGGUGCCGGGGACGGACCACGCUGGCAUCGCCACUCAGGUGGUGGUGGAAAAGAAGCUCAUGCGCGAGAAGGGUCUGUCUCGCCACGAUGUGGGCAGGGAGGACUUUGUCAAGGAGGUGUGGAAGUGGAAGGAGGACUAUGGAGGCCGCAUUGGGAACCAGCAGCGCAAGAUGGGGGCUUCUCUUGACUGGUCCCGAGAGUGCUUCACCAUGGAUGACAAGCUCUCUCGUGCCGUCACAGAGGCCUUUGUCAGGCUGCACGACCAGGGGCUCAUCUACAGGGAUAACCGCCUGGUCAACUGGGAUUGUGUCCUCCGAACAGCCAUCUCCGAUAUUGAGGUGGAAUACCACGAGCUGAAGGGGCGCACGCUCCUCCCUGUCCCAGGAUACGACAAACCAGUGGAAUUCGGAGCCAUCACCUCGUUCGCAUACCCCUUAGAAGCCGACUCAGCACAGGCAGAAGGCGAGGGGGCUCUGACUGAGAUUGUGGUGGCAACCACCCGGCCUGAGACCAUGCUGGGAGAUACGGCAGUGGCUGUGCAUCCGGAUGAUCCUCGUUAUAAGGCGCUUCACGGCAAGUUUGCGGUGCAUCCGUUCAGCGGGAGGCGGAUCCCGAUUGUGUGCGAUGCAGAGCUGGUGGAUAUGGCUUUUGGGACCGGUGCUGUGAAGAUCACGCCCGCCCAUGACCCCAACGAUUUCGCCACCGGCAAGCGGCACAGCCUGGAGUUUAUCAAUAUCUUUACGGAUGAUGGGCUGAUUAAUGCCAACGGUGGGAAGGAGUUUGAAGGGAUGAAGCGGUUUGAUGCGCGCACUGCCGUGCUGGAGAAGCUGCAGGAGAAGGGUCUAUACAGGGGAGUGGCAGACAACCCCAUGCGACUCGGCUUCUGCUCGCGCAGCAAGGAUAUUAUUGAGCCCAUGCUCAAGCCACAGUGGUAUGUCAGCUGCGCUGACGUGGCGGCUGACGCGUGCCAGGCUGUCAGGGACGGCCAGCUGGAGUUCAUUCCCAAGGCGCACGAGGAGACCUGGUUCAGAUGGCUGGAGAACAUCCGUGAUUGGUGCAUUUCCCGCCAGCUCUGGUGGGGCCACCGCAUCCCCGCGUGGUACGUCACAUUCGACCAAUCAGACGAGGCCGCCGCCCGGGACUUCCCCGUCCGCGACUUCGGCGCAUACAACACCAACUGGGUCGUCGCGCGCACCGACGAAGACGCGCGCCGGGCAGCCGAAAAGAAGUUCCCGGGCAGGAAGUUCGAGCUCGGGCGGGACCCGGAUGUCCUGGACACGUGGUUUUCGUCGGGGCUGUUUCCGUUCUCGGUGUUUGGGUGGCCCGAGGAGAGUGCGGAUCUCAAGGCGUUUUACCCGACCGCGCUGCUGGAGACGGGGCAUGACAUUCUCUUCUUCUGGGUUGCUCGCAUGGUGUUUAUGGGGCUGCGACUCACUGGGCAAUUGCCCUUCAAGCAGGUCUACCUGCACGCCAUGGUGCGGGAUGCCCACGGGCGCAAGAUGUCCAAAUCCCUGGGCAACGUCAUUGACCCAUUGGAGGUGAUCAACGGCAUCUCCCUGCAGCAGCUGCAGGCGAAUCUCGAGAAGGGCAAUCUGGACCCGCGGGAGGUGAAGAAGGCGCAGGCAGGGCAGGCUGCAGACUUCCCCAACGGGAUUGCUGAGUGCGGCUGUGACGCCCUGCGCUUCGCCCUCGUCAACUACACCACUCAGUGGAUGAACAUCAACCUCGACAUUCAGCGAGUGCACGGCUACCGCCUCUGGUGCAACAAGCUCUGGAACGCAAUCCGUUUCGCCAUGCUCAACCUCGGAGACUCCUUCACGCCCCCGUCCGUGCUCCCCCAACCUUCCUCCUCCGAUUCCACCUCUCCUCCCCUCACUCCCACGCUCAACUUUGCCUUCUCUGCACCGCUCCCGCUGUCCUGCCGCUGGAUUCUGUCCGUGCUUAACGCCGCGGUUACGCGUGCGGUAACCGCGCUGGAGGGGUAUGACCUGGCAGAGGCGACGAAUGCGGCGUACGCGUGGUGGCAGUACCAGCUGUGCGACGUUUUUAUUGAAGUGGCGAAACCAGCCUUCAAUGCAGCUGAAGGAGAGGAAGCACUCAAGCUGAAGCAGGUGACUCGUGAGGUCCUCUGGGUGUGUCUGGAUGCCGGCCUUCGCUUGCUGCACCCCUUCAUGCCAUUCGUCACGGAGGAGCUCUGGCUGUUUUCUUUCCCCCACCUCCAUGUGACGCGCGAGGUCCUCUGGGUGUGUCUGGACGCGGGUCUCCGUCUGCUGCACCCCUUCAUGCCAUUCGUCACGGAGGAGCUCUGGCAGCGCCUGCCCAAGCCGGCUGACUACUCUUGGCCCUCCAUCAUGCUCGCUCCUUACCCCUCGCCCGUCAAGGAGUGGGCGGAUCCCGAGGCAGAAGCAAUGAUGGCAACGGCUGAAAGCGCGGUUCGCUCCAUCCGCUCCCUGCGCAUGGCCUAUGCGCUGCAGCCCAAGCAGCGGCCCACGGCGUAUGCUCAAUGCAAGAGCGAGGCUGCCACUGCUGCAGUGACGGCUGCUGUGGGGGAGAUCAAGACUCUUGCCACACUCGCAGAGCUGCAGGUGCUCCCAGCAGGGGAGGCUGCCCCAGCAGGGUGUGCAGUGGCGAUAGUGGAUGAGAACCUGUCGGUGCACGUGCUGCUGAGAGGCAUGGUAGAUGCGAAAGCAGAAGCGCAGAAGCUGGGCAAGCGCAAGGGCGAAACCUCCAAGUUGCAGGAGGCUCUCGCGAAGAAGAUGGGAGUGCCGGGAUACGAGGAGAAGGUGCCUGCCAACGUGCGGGAGGAGAAUGCCAGCAAGGCUGCCAAGCUGGCAGCUGAGCUGGCGAGCAUUGACGAGGCGAUUAAGAACUUUGAGAAGCUGAUCCUGGAUGAGGCUUCUGCUUGA